AAGGACGUUGAUAAAUCACGUGAUUGACCGAGGAAGCUUCGUUGUGUCAGCUGACGGUUUAGCUUGCUGUCUUUUUCCCUCAAAACGUCGGAAUGCCAGCAACGUGUACCCAUGUCCAGCCCAUUGAGUGGACCACUGACUGUAAGAACCAGAAUUAUGAUGGCAUAGUCUUGGUGACCCAGAGUUAUGACACGCUGCCCAAGGAGCUGGAAUGUCUGAAAGCACCUCUGCAGGACUACAGCUCGGUGGACUGUGGUCUGGGAGAUAAGGUGGUGGUGUUGAUGGUUCCGGGGUUGCCUGGUAAACGCUUGGUGUUUGCGUCCACCGGGCCCGURAACCGGGACUACGAUGACGUCCGACGCUUCAGCGACGCAGCCGUUAAUGGCAUCAAGAGGGCCAUGAAGGCAGGCAUGCAGCGCCCCCUGCUGGUCUGUCCUCGUCACAGCAGCUAUGACAAGAGCACCAUGGUUGCUGCCCUAGGGGCCCUGCACGCCCUCUACAUGCCUCUGGAGGUGAGGGAGGUGUCUGUAAAGCCCAGCCCGUAUAAAGUGUGUGUUCUAGGGUUGUGGGUGGACCAGGAGGCCCAGGGGAAGGAGUUGGUGGAUCUGGUCUCUGCUCUGGAGAGUGGACGGCUUGCUUGCCGUGACAUAGGAGGGUCUGAUCCUGAGAGGAUGGCUGCUCCUCGUGUAGCUGAGUACGUCCAGGCCCUCUUUAAGGAGAGCCCAGUGCAGGUGGAUGUGGUGAGUGAUCUGAAGGUGCUGGAGAAGGAGUAUCCCUGCCUCGCUGCUGUGAACCGCUGUGCCAAUGGUAAGUGUGUGUGUACAGUGCAACCCAAGGGGGUAUACCCAGUUUACAGCCGGUCCCCCUUAUCCCCCUGA